CAAGCGAGAAUUCGGUGAUUGUUGGGGGCGGAUUGUUUUGAAGAGUUUAUUUAAUUAUUUUAUGGUUUUUCAAGUGAUUAUAAUUAUAGGAAACACCUCUAAACGCUUGUAAACUAAGGGGUCUUAAGAUGAUUCAACAAUAUUAUAUGAAUCUCUGUUGAUAUGUUAUGUAAAAUUCACAUCCCAUUACCCACCGUGUGAAGAUUUUUGUGAUUGGUUUCUGCAGUAGUUAUUCCUUCAUUUAUUUUAAUUUAACACAGCUCUUCUCAACGGAAUAAUUUAUUUAUCUCAACAUUGAAAUAAUUUGAAAUUCAAGAUGAAUAACAGUGUAGAAUUACUGAAAACCCCUUCAGUGCAGUCAUUGCUUGAUUCUGACUUGGAAUCAGUUGAUAGUCUUCAAUGCCUGGAUAUAGAAGAAUUGGACGAGAUAGAAUAUGCAUUGCCAGCAAGUGAAGCUCCAAGCCUGGCGGAGGUGUUGUCUGCGGACGACGAGGGGGACCUCCCCGACCCUCAGCCGGCGCCCCGCUACGUGCCAGAGUCCAGUGUGUGCUCGGCUCUGCAAGUUGAGUUCCUGCAGGCUGUGUCCCAGCAAGUCACACAGGCACAGGAAAGAUCAGCAGCAGGAUUGGCUACAGCUUUGAGUAUCGGCGGCGAAGGGAAGCUCACUGUGGGAACCGCUCAUGGGCACCUGCUCUCAUUCAAAGACCAGAUACUGCGCUGGGUGUGUGACUCGAACGCAGACCAAAGUGCAGUCUCAUGCCUGGCGUACAGCAACGAAGGGGAUCGACUGCUAGCGGGCUUCGCGCGCGGGCUCAUCUGUCAAUACGAGACAUCCAGAGGCCUGAUUCUAAGACGAGUGACUCUAGGCGGCGAAAUAUGGGGGAUACUGAAAGUGACGUGGGCCGGCGCGUCCGGGCUGGCGCUCGACACGGGCGGCUCGGUGUGGCUCGUGAAGUUCUCGCGGCCGCUCGGGGUGCGCUCCGCUCGAACCUCGUGUUUAUUCUCCGGCGCGCGGGGCGAGGUGGUGGCGAUGGCGCCGCGGGACGCUCGCGUGCUGGCGCUGGCGACGCUGUCUCGCGUGGUGGUGGUGGCGGGGGGGCGCGCGGCGGGGGCGCGGCUGGGGGGGGCGGCCGACACGCUGCCCGUGCUCGCGUGGUGCGAGGCCGACGAGCGCCUACUAGUCUGCGCACGCGCACACACACUACAAUGGCUAUCCGUCGACGUCACAGGCGCUGCAAUUUCCCUCCGUCCGGUCCGCCGCUUCGAGCUCAAGACCGUCCCGCUGUGGCUAGGCUGGGUCGGCGGCAGCCUCGCCAUAUUCGACGUGGACGAGAAUCUAAGGCUUUGGGGCGAUGACUAUGACAAAUCGCUGGAUCUCUCGCACAUAGAACCGGUUUAUGCGUCUGCGUUCUUCAAGGGUCUAUACACAGACGGUCGAGUAUCGCGUGCUCUGUGCGCGGCGAGCGGCGGCGCGCUGGGCGGGGCGGCCGCGAGGAACGGAGAGCUGUCUCUGUUAGGCAGACGAGGAGUGCUGCGGGUGCGAGCGAGAGAUCGCCUCGCCCGCGCCCGCGCUCUCUUCUCCUCCUCUAGACAUGCACAAGCGUUGAGGCUCCUGGCGACGGCGUCUAAGAACGAAGCGCAGGAAACGGCCCGAGAGUUGUUAAAUGAGCUGGCGGACCGCCCGCAUUUGUUGGCUGAUAAGACUGUCGCGGAUGAGGCCGUCCGAUUGUGUCUGAAGUUUGAUUUGAGCGACGACCUAUGGUCGAACCUAUGGGAGCGUUGUUCCGACCAAACCGCAUUCGUAGAGGCUAUCGGAGACGCGGCGGUGCGGGGCGAGUUGUCCCCCACCGACCCGUCGCCCGAGUGCACUCAGGCUCUAAUCGAGAGACUGGCGGAGUCCGAGCCGGCUCUAGUGGAGCGAGUGGUGGCGUCGCUCCCGCUCACGUCGCUAGACCCGCACAGAGCGAGCGUGUUCACUAGGAGCAAGGGGCUGUGGCGCGGCGUCGGCGCUAUCGCUGCCGCUUUAGGCGGCUCAAGCGGCGCGAUGCGUGAGCUAACCAAGCACGUGUCCGCCACCUGCCCUGCCUACGAGGGCCGCUGCUGCUGCGCGGGCGACGCGCUGUUGCUCUGCGCUGCCGAUGCGCUGGCGGGGCGCGGCGCGGGCGGGCGCGCGCUGCCGGCCCAUGCAAGACCCUCGGCCAGACACCAGGCGCUGCAGACUCUGCUUACUGAGGAGGUGGUGGACGGCGCGGUGGUGAGUCCGUCGCCGCUGCAGGUGCUGGUGCAGCACGAGGCGCGCGCCGCCGUGCGCCUGCUGGAGCAGAGCUGGCGCGAGCCGCCCUUCGUGGGGCCGCUGGGCAAGCAGAACCGCCUGCGCGUGCUGCGCGCCGCGCUGAGCCACGCCGCCGCCGCGCCGCCGCCCGCGCGCCUCGCCGUGGCCGGGCUGGUGGCCGCCGCCGCCGCGCCGCCCGGCGAGCCCGAGCUGUGCGCCGCCGCCGCCGCGCUGCUGGCCGACCUGCCCGGCGAGCCCGCGCAGCGCGCGCUGCUGGCGCUGUGUGCCCGUGCCGGCCCGCCCGGCGCCGCGCUGCUGGCCGCCGCCGCGCCCCGCCCCUCCGCCGCCGACCUGGACGAGCUGUUCGAGUACCUGCACGCCGCCCUGCAGCGCGCGCCGCCCGACCCCGCGCUGCUGGCGCUGCUGCCGCGCCUGGCGGAGCUGCGGCCCGCCGGCCUGGCCGCGCUGCUGGAGGGCCACGGGGAGGCGGCGGCCGCCGUGCUUCGCGCCGCGUCGCCCGCCGCCGCCGCGCCGCUCGGCCGCGCGCUGCUGGAGCGCGACGCGCUGGCGGGCGCCGCGGCCGAGCAGUACCUGCGCGUGCUGCUGGCGGCGCCGGGCGGGGGGGCGGCGCGCUUCCUGCGCGAGCACGCGGGGCUGGUGCGGCCCGAGGCGGCGCUGCGGGCGGCGCGGGGCGCGGGGCGGCGCGACGUGCAGCCGCUGUGCCUGGAGGCGGGCGGGGACGCGCGCGCCGCGCUGCUGCUGCAGCUGGAGCUGCUGGAGGCGGCGGCGGACGAGGCGGAGCGCGCGCGCCUGGCGGAGGAGGCGUGCGCGCUGGUGGCCCGCUGCGCGCCCGCCGCGCCGCGCGCCGCCGCCGCCGAGCUGUGGCAGCUGCUGCUGGCGCGCGCGGGCCGCCUGCCCCCCGCCGCGCUGCUGCCGGCGCUGGCCCACGUGCCGCCCGGCGCGCUGCUGCAGUCCACGUGCGCGUGCGCGGGCACGGCGCUGGCGGUGCUGCGCUGGGCGGGCGCGGAGGCGCGGCUGUGGCGCGCGGCGGCGGCGGCGCUGCGGGCGGAGCUGGCGGCGGGCGGCGCGGCGCGGCUGGCGGCGUGCGCUCACGGCGCGCGCGCGCACCACGCGGCGUGCCCCGCCCCGCGCUGCCCGCUGUGCGCGGCGCCCCCCCGCCCGCUGGCGCUGCCCCCGCGCGCCCCCCGCGCCGUUCCCGCGCCUGCCUCACACGACCUGUUCCUGGCCGCGCCGCCUCGACCUGAUCUCGAGGGCGUCGUGUAACACGACCAGCAUCGUACAUUCAUCUAUUGCUAAUGAAAAUAUCCAACAUCGCUUUUGCCGGUGCGACUAGAGUACUUUUUAGUGGAAGUCUGCAAGGUUUAAUAUAUUGCGUCCACCAGCCACAUCGUAUGACAAAAUCAUGUAAUAAUUUGUAAUUGUAUUAAAAUAUGAAUUUUGAUCAAAUGAGCUGAUAGAAAGAAGAACGAAAUUACCUACAUGGUUUGGCUAUGUUACACUAUUAUGAUAAAUAGUUUGUAUGAUUGGUUGGAGACAGCUUAUAUUUAUUGUAUUUAUUGUAUAGUAUUUUAUAUUGUAUAUUUCUUUUCUAGGUAUUAGUACAUAGUUUUAAACCCAGGAUAGUCUACAUAAGACAUUAACUGGUCACAAGAGUCAUUACUCUUGAGACCAGUUAUAUCACGUUAUAUCAAAGAUAUUUUUCAGUAUAGACUUAUUUUGGGUUUAUCAUAGUACAUAAUCGUUAAGUGCACCCCAUACACAGAAAAAGCGACCGUACCGAAAGUCUUGUGUACAUUUUCGUAUGUCUAUAAACCAUAGGCAUUCUAGGAUUGUUAGUUUUCCUAGUCAUAUAAGAACAUAUUUAAUUAACUUAUAAAUUACAAUUGUUUAACUACCCAUAGGUACGUUACCUACCUAAGAAAUAUUAGAAUCAUGUUGAUUAAUGUAUGUGAUAUCAGAAAUAAAACAGAUUUUUAUGUAA